AUGAAGAAUGAUAAUAAUACCUUGCCGUUGCUUGAUCCCCGUGAGUCGCCGGAGCUCGACUUAACCAAACCGGCGUCGAAAGUAUGGGCCAAAGAGUUCCGCGAAGAGUCGAGGCGGCUCUGGGAGUUAGCCGGACCGGCUAUCUUCACAGCCAUAAGCCAAUACUCUCUCGGUGCACUCACUCAGACUUUCUCCGGUCGUCUCGGUGAACUCGAGCUCGCCGCCGUCUCUGUCGAGAACUCUGUUAUCUCCGGUCUCGCCUUCGGUGUCAUGUUAGGAAUGGGAAGUGCGUUGGAGACGUUGUGCGGACAAGCAUAUGGAGCAGGACAGCUUAGGAUGCUGGGAAUAUAUAUGCAGCGUUCUUGGGUCAUUCUCUUUACCACUGCUCUAUGUAUGCUUCCCAUCUACAUUUGGGCUCCUCCUAUUCUUUCCUUCUUCGGCGAGGCUCCUCACAUCUCUAAAGCCGCAGGGAAAUUUGCACUGUGGAUGAUCCCACAACUAUUUGCCUAUGCGGCCAACUUUCCGAUUCAGAAAUUCUUACAGUCACAGAGGAAAGUGCUUGUUAUGGCUUGGAUCUCUGGAGUGGUUCUGAUUAUACACGCAGUCUUUAGCUGGCUCUUCAUCCUUUACUUUAAGUGGGGACUUGUUGGUGCAGCCAUCACUCUUAAUACGUCGUGGUGGUUAAUUGUUAUCGGUCAGCUUUUGUAUAUCUUAAUCACAAAAUCAGACGGUGCUUGGAGUGGAUUUUCUAUGCUUGCGUUCCGGGACCUCUUUGGAUUUGUCAGACUAUCCUUAGCCUCUGCUGUUAUGCUCUGUUUGGAGUUUUGGUACUUGAUGGUUCUGGUCGUUGUUACGGGUCUCCUUCCUAAUCCGUUGAUACCAGUCGAUGCUAUCUCCAUUUGCAUGAACAUAGAAGGUUGGACCGCCAUGAUUUCACUCGGGUUUAACGCUGCGAUAAGUGUGAGGGUAUCAAAUGAACUUGGUGCGGGAAAUCCAAAGCUAGCGAAAUUCUCAGUAAUAGUUGUUUCCAUAACUUCAACUCUUAUCGGCAUUGUGUGCAUGGCUGUUGUCUUAGCCACAAAAGACCGCUUCCCUCAUCUCUUUACUUCUAGCGAAGCUGUGGCAGCGGAAACCACGAGAAUAGCCAUUUUGUUGGCCUUCACUGUCCUCUUGAAUAGCCUCCAGCCGGUCUUGUCAGGGGUUGCGGUUGGAGCUGGAUGGCAGUCACUGGUCGCAUAUGUGAACAUUGCGAGUUACUAUAUUAUCGGACUUCCUGCUGGUCUUGUUCUUGGAUUCACACUAGAACUUGGCGUUCAGGGGAUAUGGGGGGGUAUGAUAGCUGGAAUCUGCUURCAGACGCUUGUAUUGGUUGGAAUCAUCUACUACACUAACUGGGACAAAGAGGCUGAGCAAGCCGAGAGUCGGGUUCAGAGAUGGGGAGGGACGGCUCAGGACUGA